AUGAGUGUUCUUUUUGAAACUGAAAAAGGAAACUUGGUUAUUGAUGUUGACCAUAGAAAAUUUUCCAGAAUAAGCUUUCAAUUGAUAGCAUUGUGCUAUUUGAAUCAUUGGCUCCUCUCAGACUUCACCGAUUUUACUAAGGAUGUUUCUAUUAAGAGUCCUUCUACUGCUGUUCCUAGCAAUAUCAAGACUCUUUUAGAAAACAAGGAAUUCAAAGAUGAUCAUGAUGAGGAUUCACACCUAGCAGCACCGGGCUCCGUGGAGUUUACUGGCUCAGAGGAUGAGUUCCAGUUUCAGAUAAAUCUCUCAGCCAAGCAGUCGAGUCAGGUUUUCGGCCGCGUGGCUGAAGGUCUAACCGUGUUAGAUGACGUGAAUAAAGGUACUGGAGGUCUCAAAAUUUUGCAUUGUCAUGUUGUUUAUGAUCCCUUUUCAGUGAAGGGAUUCGCCGAUCAGCGCAAGAAUGAAGACAGUUUGCUGGUCGAGGAGAUCAAAAGUAGACUACAAUCGCAGACGCCCUCUUCGGAUGACAGCGUGCCUGUGGAAGCGUUGGCGUUGGAGCUUUUGGGCGAUCUUUCUCACUACCAGGUGAAACCGUCCCCACGGACGCUCUUUGUGGCCAGGCUCAAUCCAAUAACGUCAGAAAAUUCGCUAGAAGUUAUUUUUGCGAGAUUUGGGCCCAUCAAAAAAGUUCAAAUAUUGGCAGGUAAGAAGAUACGGUAUGCAUUUGUGGAGUUUGUUCAGCAAGAGGACGCAGAGCAGGCAUACGCCAAACUCCAUGACAACUGCUAUAUCGAUGGCCAUCAAAUCCUCGUGGACUUCUCGCAGUCUACAAGACAUCUACAGAAUUAA